CCACCCGAGCGAGCCCGGCCCUCCCGGCCCCGGCGCCGCCCGCCGCGCCGACGUGGCCGAGCGCACAGGUCUGCCGGGUCAGGUGGUUGGGUGACGCCCCGGGAAAGCGCUCCCCGCCGAGGGCGGGCGGCGCCGCCGCGCCGACGCCUCCGGGGGAGGGGACUUCGCGGGAGUCGCGGGCGGAGGCGAGGAGGAGCGCGGCGCGGCGGGCAGGCGUGCGAUCGGCGCGGGACUGUCGGCGGAGGCGCAGAGGACCGAGGCGGUGGGCGGGAGACAUGGACCGCGGCGAGCAAGGUCUGCUGAGAACAGACACAGUGCCCGAGGAAGGAGAAGAUGUUGCAGCCACGAUCAGUGCCACAGAGACCCUAUCAGAGGAAGAGCAAGAAGAGCUAAGAAGAGAACUUGCAAAGGUAGAAGAAGAAAUCCAGACUCUGUCUCAAGUGUUAGCAGCAAAAGAGAAGCAUCUAGCAGAGAUCAAACGGAAACUUGGGAUCAAUUCACUACAGGAACUAAAACAGAACAUUGCCAAAGGCUGGCAGGAUGUGACAGCAACAUCUGCAUAUAAAAAGACCUCUGAAACCUUAUCUCAAGCUGGACAGAAGGCAUCAGCUGCUUUCUCCUCUGUUGGAUCGGUCAUCACCAAAAAGCUGGAAGACGUAAAAAACUCCCCAACUUUCAAAUCAUUUGAAGAAAAAGUUGAAAACUUAAAGUCUAAGGUAGGGGGGACCAAGCCUUCUGGCGGGGAUUUCGGAGAAGUCUUGAAUUCAACUGCAAACGCAAGUGCCACCUCUACGGAGCCUCUUCCGGAGCAGACGCAGGGGGGCCUGUGAGGGGCUGACCCGCGAUGCCGCCCACUGCCAGCCGCUGCAAGCAGCAUCCAGGCACAUCAUGUCAACACUCAUUGCUCUCACUUCCACCGGAUGUGCUUUUCCUUAGCUUUACAUGUUCAUCUGACCAAAUAGUUUGUGGGUUGAACACAAUAAAAGUAUCUUCACGUCUGUUCCCUGGAAACACCCUUUCAUGUGCAUUUAAGGCUCGUCAUUUAGGAAACCCCAUUAUAAAACCACAUGUAAAAUACCUGGGGGUCCUCAUUAGAAUGAUCCAAGAAGCUUCAGGGUUCUCAUCACUGCUUUCCUACUUUAUAAAAUUGCUCUAGAUCUGGGAUGUCAGUUUGAUCUUUGUCUUCAAAAUGAUUUUCUUUGUUUUCUCUUUGAAUCUCCGUAUCUUUGAUUGCUAACUAAAAUUUGAAGUUUUCUGGUUAUUAAAAGUUCUGGCAUAAUUUUCUUUACCUCCAAGGGAAGAGUUACCAGCUACAAAAAGUAUUUUUGAGUAAACGUCGUCCUGGUACAAGGUAUCUUCUGUCUUGUGUGUCGGAAGAAAGCAGACCAAACAAAUCAGGUCUGCGUCCAAUUUGUUAUAGUUUGUGAGUGACAACAUGUACAGCAAUUCAAGCUCCUCGGUGACUUGAGAGUGGAAUCGUCUUAUCCUUGUCACCCUCUGUGACAGUAACCACGGUAGUGUGCUUAUUAUUAUGCCAUUUAUGUCAACUUAUUUUUCACAAGAUUUAAGUUUUAGUUUCAGAGUAAAUUGCAAAAUAACAUUCUGAAUUGAGCAUACUCGAUUUCAGUAGGUUGAAAUAUGAACACUCUCAACAAAUGUUCCUCUCAAAAGCCUGAAAGUUUUUUAGCUGUAAUAAUGCUAAAAUCAAUCACGUUAGGGGAAGCAUUGCUGUCUUCAUUUGAUUCAUUCAGCACCAUAUAAAAUUAAGCACACAAAGUUAUAUGACUAAUAGAACUUGAAAAGAUUUUAUACUAAGGGGUUGGUGGUAACUCCUGAGGAUCUAAUGCAUUAAUGAAAACCAGCUCAUUGUUUUUUACUUACUUGUUUUCGGUAUCUUAGAAAUUAUAAAAGGAUACUGCAGACAUUGCUCCCUAUUUUGAAAAAAUGGCAGGGUUGAAUGAACCAAAGCCUCUGAAAGUAUCUGCAUGGAGGCCAAGGUACUCUAUUCUAAUAGCUACUUAUUCAUCACUAUUACCUUUUCAUUAUUCUGUGUAUGGUAUGGCCUAUAAUGUUGUAUUUGUUAUUUAUCAAGUUGUGAUUGUUUUAUUGUUUAUGCCAAAUGUUAAUUGCCAAGCUUGGAGUGACCUAAGGCAUUUUUUUUUAAAAGCAUGACUAGAUUUACUUUAGGAUAAAUUAUCCUUUGAAAACCAAAUUUGAAGAGCCACAAGUGUUGAUUAAGUAACAUGCUGCCAUUCUUGAUUGCUAGAGCUUUUGUUAUAGCACUUUAGAUGCAACUAAAAAUAUGCUCUAUUAUAGUGAAAAGCCUAAUAAAUUCUGUAUAUCAGUAGUAUAGGUCUCAAUAUUUAUUGUGAGACCAAUGGUCUGGAAAUAGCUUGUAUUAAAGAAUCAACUGGUGUCUAUGCAAAACAACAAAAACAUUAUUUUUACUAUCCGCUUUAAAUCACUGCUUAAUGGUGUUAGACUAACAUAUAAGUUAUUUCCUUAAAGGGGCUUUGCGGCAAAUGUCCCAAUUGUUGAAGCAUUGUCCUGGAGGAGUGGGUCUGUAGAAAGUUUGUCUUUUUGUAGAAAUACUCUGGUUACUCAACAUAACUGUUAAAUUAUUUUUUUCUAAUUAGUCCUUCAUUUAAAAAGAAAGCACAUCAUCUUUUCAUUGCAUUGUUUCUUGGGUGUCCUGCCCUGUUACUAUCUUUCAACAAGACAAAAUGGAAUAAGAUGGCAGUUUCUUUAGCUGAGCGAAAUAUACUCAAAUCUUUUGACUUUCCAGUGAGAAAUGAUAGCAUAAGCGUUGGAAAAUGGGAUGGGUGUAUGUGGGUAUCGGUGAUGGUUGUGAAAGAAAUUGGAGAAUCACUUUUCCAGACGUCUUCCUGUACUUAAUGUUAAAAUGAUUUAAUCUAUCGCAAAGUACUCCGCAUUUUAAAAGAAGUAGUAAAAAGUAGCAAGAGGAUGAAUUUAGAAAAACAAACAUAUGGACUUAGAAAUAUUAUUCAAAAUAGUCUUUGUGGAAGAUUCAAUAUUAUGAAUUCACAGAUAUUUAAGAAAUACCAGAGAGAUCCUGGCCACUGUGUUGAAUUUUGUGUUUGACACUGUAGGAGAACAAUUUGAGAGUGAAAUACCAGAUUUUGAAGAAUUCAAGAAGUGUGAUAGAUGAAAAUAAUCCCCUGAAGUUAACUCCUUUUUAUGAAAGGUCUUCAAUUUAUGCAGUUUGUGGAAAAUAAAGCAAGAAUUCUUAUGCUUUUGAGGCCAAAGGAAAUCAAUGAAAGAGAGUAGAAUUCAUUGGAUUAUCAUUUUAGUAACUCAAACUAUUGAAAUAGAGAAAAUACAUCUUUAAUUUGGAAUCACUCUUUAUGGAUCUGUUAAAUGCACACUGUAUCUUUUUUUGUAUAGUAUUUGAAAACAAUAAAAAUACUGUAAUUUGGGUAUGGGGUCCUUUUGUAUGUAUUACCUGUCAAGGAAAGAGGUGAGUCCAUUAUACAACUUCUCUCCAGACACUUCAUAUUCUAGAUAUGGGGGAAAAAAAACCCAAGUAGCUAUAUGGAAUGAAGUGUAUCAAGCAUACGCUACAUGUCGACUCUUAAGCGACUAUCUGCUGUAUGUAGGCAAAGGAAUUGUUGCUGCAUAAAGUCCUAUGUCAGGACCACAUGUGUUUCUUUAUAGCUCUUAAGACCCAGAUGAAAAAUCAGAUUGUUUUGUGAAGAAACAUUUGGCUAUUAAUCCAUGACUCUGCUGACUGUGCUGUUUGGGAUUGUCUCUCCCUCUCUUUCUGCCCCUCCCCUGCUCAUUCUCUUUCAAAAUAAAUAAACAUAAAUGUAUAAAUAUAAAUAUAUAUAUAAAGCCAUCACUUCUGAGUAAACUUGCAAAACUUAUGCAAAUAAUUUCCAUAUUCUGAUUCUGAAAUCCAAGUGAACCCAAAUCAGAAUGAGACAAAAGAACUCACUCUUAGUUUGUAAGCCUCCAGAGGGCAGGGCCUGCAUGUACCUGUCACCUGCCAGGACUUCAUACUUAAAUAAAUACUAUUUGGUGACUAAAA